CCAUCUCUCUUUUGACCGUUGAUUGUACUGCUUCUCCCACCCCCAGCUUGCCACGUUCACAAGGGCCUAUAAAAUCAGACCCUCUCACUCUCUCUUUAUCCACUUCCAUAUUUACUCUGAAGCCCCUGAAGCUGAACCCGGACUGCACAUUCGAUCUUAGGAUGGCAUUAGUCUAUGGAGAAAGAUCAGACCUGAACCCCAAUGCCCCACUCUUCAUACCGGCUGCUUUACGUCAAGUGGAGGAUUUCUCACCUGAAUGGUGGGAACUAGUGAAAACAUCGACAUGGUUUCGUGACUAUUGGCUAAGCCAGCAUGAGGAGGAGGAUUUUGGAGGCAACGCUGAUGCUGAUGAUGAUGCGGAGGCUGAUGAUUACAUUGCCAAUAUGCUGCUAGAAGCUUUUGAUCUUGGCAUUGUUGAAGAGCUCCCUACCUUGGAAGCUCAGCCCAAAGAAAUGGUCCCGUUGGCUGAAGGUGUUAAAAUGGAUGCUAAAGCUUUACUGAGGAACCUGAGUGUAUCCAGACUUCAUAAAGAAAGAGGUCCCAAGUCUCCAGUAGGGUCUGCAAAGUACCAACAGAAGCUCCCAGCCAAGUAUUUGAGCCCCAAAUGCACUCCCCGACAGAUUCAUCAGCCUCGCUGAAGAGGUUCUUGCGAAGUCUCAGGUUUUGUGUCUCUUGCAAAUUGCAAUGGCAUUGAAAGAAUGUUCUCUCUUUAAUAUAGUUUUGUACGUAAGGUUGCAACUCUUCAGUGUAUCUUGCUGUCAUAUGCUUUUUCCUUCUGCCUAGUUGAAAAACUGUUGAGAAGUUUGUAAAUAUUUCGAAUUCCCAUCUUCCAUGUGUUUAGGACUUUGUUAAAACAUCAUGUGAGUGCACCCUGAUUGCUUGAUUCAGUGUGAGCAUUAUAGCUUCCCUGUAAAGCUUUCUGCUAGAACUGAGCAGUGGCAUGCAUAUGUUAGUACUUUGACAAAAAUUUCAGCUGAAAUAGCGGCCCGUGCUCUGCA